AUGUUUGUACAAGUUGGGAUUGAAACAGAUGGUUGUCCAAAUCUGACGGGGAAAAAUGUUGGACUUUUGAAGAGAAUGCAGGAUAAAGUGACAGAAAUGAACCCUGAGCAGAAAUUAAAAUUUUUGCAUUGUAUUAUACAUCAGGAAGUGUUGUGUAAGUCAGUAUUAAAAAUGAACCAUGUUGUUGAUGUUGUAACUAAAACAGUUAACUUCAUCAGAGCAAGAGCACUGAAUCACAGACAGUUUGUUGCACUUUUGGAUGAAAUUGAGACUGAACAUCGUGACAUCAGCUACCAGACAUCUGCCAGGUGGCUCAGCCUGGGAAAAGUGCUGAAAGUUUUCUGGGACCUGAGAGAGGAGAUCCUGGAGUUCUGUGUGAAGAAGGGAAAUGACAUCCCUCAGCUUUCAGAUGCAGACUGGUGGCUGGUAGACCUUGGUUUUUCUGUAGAUGUGACUGCACAGAUGAAUGAACUGAAUGUCAAACUGCAAUGCAAGGGCCUUUUUGUGCAUGAAAUGUACAGCGCAGUGAAGGCUUUUAUGAGAAAGUUGCAGCUUCUCUCAAGCCAAAUGGGGGACAAUAAUCUCACUCACAUGCCAACACUAAAGGAAGCCAAACCAUUAGCUGAUCACCUCCACAGGUACACGUCCAUGUUAGAAGCACUGCAUGGUGAGUUUUCAAGGCGAUUUCAAGACUUCAAAACACUUGAGAGUGAAAUGAACAUGGUUUCUUCUCCCUUCACCUGCAGUGUGGAUAAUGCAUCCAGUGAUGUUCAUAUGGAACUCAUUGACUUGCAGUCUGACACACUUCUGGCAAGGAACUUUAAGUCAGUCCCACUGCUUGAGUUUUAA